UAGGAUUUCCAUGAAAUCAUUGACGGGGCUCUACGAGACCUACAUAACCAUGCUUUGGCACUGUUUAUUGACUACUGCAAUCUACAAAGCUAAGGAGCAAUGGAGAAUCAAGCAGGUAUCAUGAGCCCUGGAACUAUGAUGGUAUCUGCGGUUGACACCGGUCUUAUGGGACAAUUUUGUGCAUUUCUUUGAUGUUUUUGGCACUGUUUAUUCUUUCGAUCUGUGGCCCCCUCAGACCUCGGCAUUUCGUGCGAGUUUAUUUUCAAAAUUAACCUUUACCUUGCAGUAUAGCAAGGUUGCUGUGUUUGAACAUCAGAGUGCAGUGUCGCAACACUGACCUGAAGAAUCACUCUCAAGACUUACUAAAGAUCUCAGUGCCAUGACUCGUUCAUUUGUUUGGCUAUAGACUACGGUCGAAAGUGUAGCAGAUUAGCAGGAUUUUUUCUUCUUUUUUGCUAAAAACUAGCAGUAUAAUUUAUUUGGUGGCAAUGCUGAAAUUGUAAAGUUUCUUUUCUCUUUCUUUUUUGAAAUUGCUCUGCGCUAGAAUAGAUGGGGGCAUAAACGCUGGUUGUGUUGUACAAGCCUCGCUUCGGCAGCGGCAAAGGCAAAGGCCAAGGCCGAAAGGAUUAGGGUUUAGCCAUGGCGGCCGAGGAGCAUGCUCCGCGCACCAAGCCCCACGCCAACAAGACUAAGAAGCGGAAGAAGCCGAAGAAGGACAAGUGGGGCCAGACUCUCUCCGCCGCCGCCGCCGAAGAGCCGUCGGUGGAACCGGAGCAGGAGCCGUCGGUGGAACUGGAGCAGGAGCCCCCGGCGGAGGAGACCACGGAGGCGGCAAAGGCGGAGGAGACCGUGGCGGCGGCGGAGGGCUAUGAGCUCGGCAAGGUGGUGGCGAGCGGCUUGCCGUACACGAUGACAGAGGCGGAGAUCCGGAAACUGUUCGAGUGGUACGGCCCCCUCCGGUCGGUGCAGCUCUCUCGCUUUCCCGACUCCGGCAACUUCCGCGGCCUCGCCUUCGUCUGCUUCGAGUCUGACGAAGUUGCAAUAAAGUCUCUUGAGCUUGAUGGAUUCAAAAUUGGCAACAGAUUUAUGAGGGUUGAAAGAUGCAGGGUGACCGCCAGCUCAAAUAAGAAAAGGAAGGCAGAGUUCCAAACUGACCCUGAGAAGUCUGAAGGCUGCCUCUCGGCAUAUGUUGGCAAUCUCUCAUGGAAUGUUACAGAAAAGGACUUGUGGGAUUUCUUCAAAUCGUCGAAGAUUGCAUCGAUAAGAUUUGCCAUUGAUAGGAGAACCGGAGGUUCUCGUGGCUUCUGCCAUGUUGAUUUUCAAGAUGACGAGUCGCUUGAGAAAGCUGUAGCGAUGAAUCAGUCUGAACUGCAAGGUAGACCUGUCAAAGUAGCGUAUUCAGUCAGUAACAGGGUAUGAAGACUACCCACCGUGGAUUGUUAGCACUAGUGAGCUUUUAAUGUUAUGGUUUUGUUCCCUCAGUUUUGGUUAUUAAUCAUCUUUCGUUUGAUAGAUUUUGGAGUCCAAUCCAUGGUGCUAUUUCUUGCACCCAAUAUUUGCCAAAUAUACUUUGUAAGUUACAGAAACGAAGUGGUUAUACCGCAUCA